CAUCGUUGACCAUGCGAGGUUUGACCCCCCGAGUGCUUGCAAGCAAGAAAGAAAGAAGUGGUGCCAUCACCAAAACAAACAACCUAUCCACUACGCUUCCCUUUGAGAACGAACGAACGAACGAGUCUCGUGUUGCUUAAUAUUUAUACCAUUCAGUCAUGGCUAGUAGAAUUGCUAUGAUAACAACAAAGACAAUGAAGUUGCUCUCUCUGUAACCCCCCAAACCCAAACCUUCAUUAUCUCAAUUCUCACACUCCCAUUUCUCCCUUCUCUUAUUUAUUAUUAUUACACACAUCAUCACAAUUUGUCAAUUUCCCCGAAGAAAAAAAACCCUAAAAAAUUUGCUCCUUUGGAUCCAUCCAGGGGCACACCCCGGAUCUCCGAUUCUCUAGAUCACUCUCAAGUUCUCAUCUUUUUCGUUUUUGGCGCAGUGGGUCGUUGUUAAAUACAUGGUUUCUGAUCUGGGUUUGAUUUAAGUUGGGGGUUUCUGGGUUUGUGAUUGAAAUGGCUUAUUUCCAUAGCUCAAUCUCCCUCUGCAACUCCUCCGUUGACCAAUACAUGGCGAAUUCCCUCGAUUUCGAGCCGAAAUCGAGGCACAGGAAAACCCCCAAUUCCCUCCAGUCUCCGCCGUGUCGGCGAUCCCGGUCGGCGGUGGUUGACGUUGUGAUUUUUGCAGCAGUUAUCGCGGCUUUUGGGUUCUUGUUGUUCCCCUAUGCUCAAAUUUUGGCUAGUGAGAGUGUCAAAUUUGGAAUUUUGAUUGUGAAUUUGGUCAAAGAGGAGGUUUCUUUUACCCCUUGGAUUUAUAUGUUCAUAGGUGUUAGUGUUACCUUUGCAGCAUUGACUACUUGGGUUCUUGUGGCUUGCACAAUAAGGAAGUGUGGGAACCCCAAUUGCAAGGGUCUCAGGAAGGCUGCAACGUUUGACAUUCAGUUGGAGACUGAGGAUUGUGUGAAGAAUUCACCUUCAUUAACUAAGGAUGGUGGAGUUAAGAAGGGACUGUUUAAGGUUUUUUGUGAUCAUCACCGCGAACUCGAGGCCGAGCUUAAGAAGAUGGCACCCCCCAAUGGAAGGGCUGUUCUUGUCCUCAGAGGAAGGUGUGGCUGUUCUGUUGGUAGGUUGGAGGUUCCGGGACCGAAGAAGAAUCGAAAGACCAAGAAGUAGGAUACAGAAAAGAAGAAACAAAAAGUCUUAUAGGAAGGAGAGGAUAUUGGAUACAGAAUGCAGUCUUAAAUUGGUAGAGUAGUUGCUUAUAGUUAUAUGGUCAUAUUUUAUUUAAAAUUAGGUUGUCUUUCGAAUAAAUCCCUCCAAUUUGGCAAUAAGUUGUAAGAAACUAUGGAUCAUACACAGUUUGAGUAUUUAUACCUGUUUUCAGUUUUUGUGAUAAGUGGGCGCCCAUGAUUAAAGUUACCAAUCUUUUGGUAGAGUACAGGUUAUGAUGGACUGAUGGAAUAAGUUGUUGUUCUGUUCUUAUUGAAUUGAACCUUGUUGAGAUCCAAGUUUAUUAUUGUUGUU